AUGCCUUUGCUAAAGGAUACAAGUGCUGGUUGCAAUUGUGGUGGAAGUCACACUGCUGCAGACAAUGAAGUGGAAGAACGAGCACAGAUCAAACAAGAUUUUGAAUCGGUUGCAUCAAGGAUCAAGCUUCCCAGUGAUCACUCUUUCCCGAAUGGUAGCAGAGCGAAACAGAGAUCGACUGAGGCCGAGAAGGAAGAAAGGAGAUUGCCCAGGGUGUUAGCUAAUAGAGAGUCAGCUCGGCAGACCAUCCUUCGGCGGCAGGCCCUCAGGAAGGAGCUGAAGAGAAGAGUUGCUGAUUUGUCAUUGCAGAAUGAGAACAUGAAGAUGGAGAAGGACUUGGCUGCGAAAGAGUACCUUUCACUUAAGGGCGCAAACGAACACCUAAAAGAGCAGAUUGCUGAGACAGAGAGGUUUCAGAUGGCUGCAUCCGCAGUGAUGGAGUCACCAUCGUCCUCAACAAUCAAGCACCACCCUUUCGUAUACGGGAAAUCGCCUAUGGUACCAUUCAUGUAUCCUUCUCGGCCUUCCCUCACUUUUGGGCAAGUGAAUCCAAAUGGUGGAUCAAUGCCGCCUCAUUUCAUGCGGCCUUGCGCUUGGUCUUAUCCAUUUCAUCACCAAGUCUCAAGAUCAGCACCAUGUUUUCAUGCAUUCGGAAACGACGAUGUCGGAGACAUUGCCAGUAAGCGUCAUGUACUGAUGCAGUCUUGUAGGAGACCGUACCACAGAGAAAGAGUUCCUCUCCAUGGCAGCGAUGUGAAGGAGAACACUUCGUUAGCGACUACCGGAGAACCGGUCCUUAGAGGCUCUUCACAUGGAGGCAAAGGUCUGCCGGAGAAACUCCAUGGUGCUUUCACUUGCCUCCCUCGUAACUUAUCGAGCAUGGUGUCGGUGAUGGCGGCAACGGAGGCAAGGAAGACGAGGAAGCAGCUGAUGAAGUCGAAGCAAUCUCAAGGAAGACGGCAGAAACGCACAGGUAAACCUUAAACCCGGAGAUAGUGUUCAUGGAUCUCGAUCAGCUGUGGAGGAGUUUUGAGGUUACCAUCUGACAAGGCAUUACAUUGAGGGAGGGAUGAUAAGAACAAGGCUCAUCACCUUCCUUCAAUAUUCCAGCAUUUGAGCUUCUGCAAGGUUACCACAUCAAAUUAUAGCUGGCCGUCUUGUACUAGUGCAGAUCGAUACACAAGGGGAGAAGUUGAUGUUAUGUAUCAGUCAGUCAUCUUUAUGUGAUUGCAUCUGCAUAAAAUAUGAGAGUUCCACAAU